AUGGAUCCAUGGAGGAAUCCCGCAUUGCAGAACGCAAAAGUACAAGCCAUCUUAUCAUCGUACCGGAAUCCAGCACACACGAAUCCAAGUCAAGAGCAUAGUGAGGAGAGUGAUAUGCCAGCACCGCCAGCCUACCACAUGGUCGUCAAUCCCGAAGCAACCAACACACCCAACAUGUCCUCACCAUACGAUCCCGAGACAGAAGAAGACAGCGAAGACAGCGAAGACGAGACACCAGAAAUCACAAUCAACGCCGCAACGCAGAUUCGCGGAAACGGGAAUAUUAUCUCCAUCGCGCAGAUGGACAGUGUGCGGAUAGCGAAUCUCGUCGCUACAAUGCUAUCUGGCGAUCCUGUGCCUUCAGAUCCCACGGCGCCGCCGACACCUACAUCGCCGCCCCAAGCUCCAGUCACGAGUCUAUCGUCAAGCCGGACGGAGAGGCGGAAGAAAGGUGGAUUGAACGUGAACAUCACCGUCAACUGCGGCGCCACCAUAAUCGGAGACCGCAACAUCGUCGGCCCCGGGCUUGGCGACAUCGCACGCCAAAUGCAACUCGCGCAGCGCAACGCAGCGCUGCAAGCACAGGUUCUGCAGCAGCCGAAGCUAGCUCAAGGGCUGGCGCAAAAUCUGUAUCAGAGUCAGGCGGGGUUGGCGGGGGUUGGGCAGGUUACCGGGCAGGUUACCGGGCAGGUUACGCCGCCGAUGAGUAGGAGUGGGAGUGAGGGGAGUGAGGGCAGUCCAAAGGGGAAGAGGAAGGCGGAGGAUGAUGCUGGGGAGGGUUUGCUGAUGUUGAAGAGGAGGUGUUGACUACCGGAGUUUUGUUAGCUUAGGGAGUUUUGUUGGGUUUCCCUGGCGCAAUGUUUGGUGUUAAGAAACUAGUCAAAGCAUUUGCAGGCGUCUUUUGGGCUGAGCGUAUACGAAAUCAUGACAGGUAUGAAGUCAUGCUGUUGCUGUUUCCCUUAGCUUUAUUACUUAAGAUAUCCAUCACCUUCAUAAUGUCCAUGGCAUUGCUAUUCAAUGCGUCAGCAACUCGCAUUCGCUGCUUACGUAUCGGAAGGGACGCGCUUCAACGAAGCAUGAAGUGAUAUUGCUUCUUUCAGUGUUUGGGUCUUUUCUGGGCAUGGCCGGAAAUGUCCAACGACUGAUUUCGCGGUACAUCCGUGACAAUCAAACGUCCUUCUAACCGUUUUGCUGUGAUUCUGACCCGGGUAAAAGCACUUGGGGCAGUUGAUGCAACGUGCACACCCUCGAGUGCUCUCUGGUCAGCAUGGAAAUAUUACAAAAGGUUCAAUGAGAGCC